CUCUCUCUAAUUCUAGGGUUCUUUGACAUUCCUCUGAUUUCUCAAUUUCCACGUUUUAAUUUCUUGACAAUCUUUUUCGGGUUUAUAUGGAAUCGAUUAGAUCUCCCUAUUGGUGCUACAGAUGCAACCGCUUCAUCCGGAUCCGGCUCCGAUCUACCCAAGAUUCGCACAUCUGCCCCGACUGUGGCGGAGGAUUCAUCGAAGAAAUCGAAACGCCCUCUCGAUCUCCCAUCCACCAUCUUUUCCCUGCCGCCGCCAUGUAUUCCGACACGUCAAGCCCCGCCCUCAGCCCAAGGCCCAGCACCACUCCUCAUUUCCGUCGAACUCGUCGGAACGCUGGCGAUCGCUCCCCUUUCAAUCCUGUUGUUGUCCUCCGUGGACCAACCUCUGAUGCCGAUGGCAUGGUUACCGAGAGAGGUAAUAGAAAUUUGGAGCUUUAUUACGAAGAUGGGUCCGGGUCGGGUCUUCGUCCCUUGCCUGCUAGCAUGUCGGAGUUUUUAAUGGGGUCAGGUUUUGAUCGGCUUCUUGAUCAGUUAUCUCAAUUAGAAGCCAACGGAGUUGGCCGUCUCGACCAACCGCCUGCCUCCAAAGCGGCAAUUGAAUCAAUGCCGGUGAUAAAAAUCGUGGGAAGCCACGUAAGAUCGGAAUCUCAUUGUGCAGUUUGUAAAGAGCCAUUCGAGCUCCACUCCGAAGCUCGGGAAAUGCCUUGUAAGCAUAUUUACCAUUCAGAUUGUAUUUUACCUUGGCUUUCUAUUCGGAACUCUUGCCCCGUUUGCCGCCAUGAAUUGCCAACAGAAAAUAACGGAAAUAACUUAGUGGAAAACGAUGCUGUUAGAGAUGAAGAAGCUGUGGGAUUAACCAUAUGGAGGUUACCGGGAGGUGGGUUUGCUGUGGGGAGGUUUACCGGAGGAACUAGAGCAGCGGAGAGGGAGUUUCCCGUAGUGUUUACUGAGAUGGAUGGUGGGUUAAAUAAUGCGGGUGCUCCCAGAAGGAUUUCGUGGGCGCCUAGUGGGAGAAGGUCACAAGAGAGUAGAGGAUUAGGACGUGUUUUCCGGAAUUUUGUUUCUUUUUUUGGAAGAUUUAGGAGCUCCUCGCGUUCGGGCUCAGAUUCUGGAUUUACAAGGAGAAGUAGAUCGAGUUCAGUGUUUGGGAGGUCGUCCAGAAGGGAUAGCGAAUGGGAUUUUGAGGAUUGAACGGUGGUUGAAUGUAUCAUCUGUUCAAUGUUAUGUUAACCUUUCCUUCCCAUUUAAUCCAAUACUAUAGUAUUGCAGUUUUCCUCAAGGAAGGGGAUGUUUGUAGAUUGUAUGGUUUUACUUUGAUGUAAAUAACAACACUUUUGGUGAAGGAAUGAAGCAUUAGUCCCGUCAAAAGAGAAAGAAGCUUUGAUGAGUUGUUAUGUGCACGAAUGAGGCAGAAGAAGUGGAUGAAGGAGAAAGUUUUGUGGCUAGUGGGGUUGUUUAGUGGUUGCUGGGUUACUAACCUCUCAUAUAAAUCGAUCUUACGCCUAAAAAAGUUCAAUUAAAUCUGGAGUUCCAACUACUGAUGGACUGUAGCCGCUUGUAGUGUAGUAGCAAACAAAUCUGUAGACACAUUCUGAAUUGCGACCCUGGCACAGGACCUGCUGUGUCUCUUGUAACAUUCACAAUCUGAAACCUUGUUCCGAUUUUUUGACCGAGUAAUUAUAGGAUAUAUGAUUGCAUCUUUGCAGACUUUAUCUGCAACAUUGUCUAAAACAGUCACUCAAUAUUUAAUUGAGCAUUUUUUCUUUUUUUUGCUUUGUAAAGGACCCCAUCAUUGUUAGUGUUGUGCUUUUAUCUCGUGUGCUGAAUUUGAAGGUGGUGAACCCUGAAAGAGAAGCACAACGUGCUCGUUGUAAAGGCAAACCGAGUCAAGUUGAAAAAGGCUAUAAUAAGAAGAAAUUCAUUCCUU